CUUUUUUCCUCGUCUUCUUCUUCAGUUGUCGGUUCUUUCAUGUUCUUUGGUCCUUCAGCCUUCUGCAAUUCUUAAGUAUAUUUCAUCUCCCAGCUCGGAAAACAUUUAAAACUACAGGAACUGUAGUAGGGUAUAAGUUCUCUUAAGUAUCAUAACUUGUAGGAGAAAGAGAGAGAGAAGAGUAGUGGGCAGAGAUGAAGGAGAGUGGAGGGAGGAAGCAGGGAGCAGCAGCUCCAUGUGCAGCAUGCAAGCUUCUAAGAAGAAGGUGUGCACAUGACUGUGUUUUUGCUCCUUAUUUCCCUGCCGAUGAGCCCCACAAGUUUGCUAAUGUCCACAAGGUUUUCGGUGCUAGCAAUGUCAACAAGAUGCUUCAGGAACUGCCGGUGCACCAGCGGGGCGACGCCGUCAGCAGCAUGGUCUACGAGGCCAGCGCUAGGAUACGCGACCCCGUAUACGGCUGCGUCGGAGCUAUAUCUUCCCUUCAGCAGCAAAUAGACACCCUUCAAACCCAAUUGGCCUUUGCACAGGCAGAGGUGGUGCACCUUCAAGUGAGGCAGCAGAACGCAUCCGUUUCACAUAAUGGCUUCGGCUCUACAAGCCCAACUAAUAGCGGGUCACCUUCGUCCAAGCACGUCGGCUCACAAGCCAAGCAAAUUUUCGACAUGGAUAUGAUAGUGGACCAGGCUAGCUUGGGUGAGCCCAUGUGGUCAUGCUAGCUUACUUAUCAUAUAGGCUACAUUUUUGUCACCCUAUGCUUAAUUUCCCCCCAGCUAUAAUUCCUAAAUCCUUUCUAUACAACAAUUAGAAUAGAGAAAAUGGGAGGUGGCGCAGCAGCGGUUAGAGUGGCGGCGUCAAGGUUUGAAAAGGGUCUUGCAUUAACA